AUGACACGUCUAGGAUGGCUUUCAUGGGCUUUUGCUUGUUUGCCGGGCCUGAUUGUUUCAACCCCCUCCACUUACCUCGAGCAAAGCAUUCAAGAUCUCAAUAUUACAAACCCCGAAGACGUCAAACACUUUGUACAGGAGUGGACUAGACCAGGCGCGAUCAAGCGACUUGAGUUCGCUCCAUUGGCAUCCCAACUUCCGACUUGGGAUCUUCCUCUUAAGCUACUCCUCAGUGCUGCGGUACCCAAGCCAAUGGAUGGUGCUGUGCUGACAACAGGUCUUGUUGCCGGGCAGACCCUGGAGGUAACUGCUGCCUUGAAGGACAGAGCUGUUGCGGAACUUCAAAAGAUCCAGGUUGGGGUGCUUGUUGCGAUGCUGAUGCGACAUGCUGCAAUCCUUCAGUCGGGAAGCCAUUUAGCAACUGUAACCGAGACAACGACUUCAUGGGCGACUGAAACCGACACCGAGACCGUUACGACAGAUGGCACAACGACCGUGAAGACCGUGUCGACCAUCGAGACCACCGUAUCUGUGACGGUAUCGCGAGGCCCUACAGGUGACGAACCUACCGAGAAGAAUACGGCUACAGACUCGGACAGAAAACACAAGCGAUUCGUCCCCGCAGCGCCUCAUAAGCACCUCGACCGCGACGCUCCCGUAACCAAGACAAUACCGCCGAUCGUCCUCCGCCCAGCUGCAAGCCUCAAUGCGCUUGCUGACGGGCUUGCCCGACGAGGAAUCCCCAUCCACAGACGAGCUACAGACACGGAAACAGUCUACGAGACGAAAAAGGCAACGACAACAAUCACCGACACAGAAACAAAGACAGAAUGGACAACAAAGUACUCAACCUCGACCACAACACAUAAACAGACCGUCACGGUUUUUGUCCAAGGUCAAUCCACCGUCACAGUAGGGCCGACGGGCACAGCAGCAAGUUCUUCAGAAUCAGGCUCUGGCGAUGGUGGUACCCCCAAAGGCACUAUUAUCGGUGCAGCCGUUGGUGGCGGCCUAGGCUUGAUAUUGAUUGCCUUACUUGCUUUUUUCUUGUGGAGGCGACGACGCAAGUCUGCAAAUCAGACACAGCAGCCCAGCCAAUUUUAUGCAGCCAACAGCGAAGCCCCUGCAACAGCACAGAAGCCACCCCCUUUCAUGGCCACCACCCCAACCCCUUUGCCAGCUGGGGCACGCGACACUUGGGCCUCGAGUCCCAGCCGAAGCGAGUAUUCCCAGCCGCCUGCAUAUCCGUCUCCCAUGCCUGAAUUGGCAAACACUCAGUUUGCUUAUGAGAUGCAUACGUCGCCGCAGCGGUCGCCGCAGGAGCUGUACCAUCCCCAGUACAUGAGUGGUUUGGGAUUGCCUGAGAUGAGGGAUCAGCGGAGGGGUUAG